CCCAUUUGCACAGAGUGCUUUGAGUCCUGGUUCCUGUUCCGUAUAUUUAUGCUCGUAUAUUCCACAAAUUGUACAUAAAAUCAACGAAUACUCAUAGCUGAGUGUUCGUGUGCCCAGCGAUAGAGGGUGUGACCGGGUUAAAAGAAAAAAAAUUUCAUACUUAGUUCGACGCUCAGAAUGUGUGGUUCAUGCGUUACGGUAGCCGUUUGAAAUCGACCGUCGGAUACAAAGCAAAGUGAUUGUUGAAAAAUUCACUUCAUUUCAAUAACUAACAAAAGAAAAAAUAAUAAUUAUGAAUUAAAUAUGAAUAAAUGGAGAAUAUGUGAUUGAAAAAAAAACAAAAAUUUAAAUAAAAUCGUAUGUGAUUUGAGGAAAAUGUAAAGUGUUAUGGUGUGUGGCUUCAUUUCCUUUUACGAAAAAGGUUCAGCCAUUAAAGAACACAACGACAACAACAGCAACAGCACAUACAUCUAUCGCACAAUCGCAACAUUAGCAUCAGCAUCAGCAUACAGCAACCUCCUCAGCUCUUUGGCUGAUAACAUCGGCGGCGCUAACGUUGUCACCUCGGUUUAUUUGUUUGCGGAACGUCGCAUCUCCGCACUUCAUCACCGACCGUCACGUACGCGCUUGCCCUCUCACCUAUGCGCCUCUUGGACCUGAUAGUCACCGUGUGUUAAAGUGUGUUGUUGGUUUUGUGUUUAUAUGAGUAUGUACUUAAGCUCGUAAACGGAUUUAAGAAAUUCACAAAAGGAAAGGAAAGUGGCAAGCGUGUGAGAAGAAACCGUAACGUAACGAGAAGGCGUUGCGAAAGAGACAUUAAAUUAAUUGGGGCUUUUGUGUGAAAAUGGGUGAUUAUCAUCAUGAAUAUACGGACCAAUAUAGGGUGCCGGUCAUCGCGAAGCUUUUGCAUGCAUUGCCGCACUACAACAUCACUUUCCACAAAAUCAACAGCACAUUUCGCCCGAAUGAUGAAAUCUAUUUGGAGAGUUUGGGUAUAUUGGGUUCCGUGCCGGCCGCGCUCCUCAUCAUAUCCCUACUUGGACUGCUGCUCUACUUAAUGACACGAUGUUGUGAUAGAAAACCGCGACCAGCACAUUCCAUUACAAGUUUGAAAGUUGCUCUCUCCAUUGUAACGGUAAUGUGCUGUGCGGCGAUAGGACUCGGUUUAUAUGGCAACGAUGAUCUCCAUAAUGGACUGCUUGAGGUGCUGACCGCCGGACGCAAGGUUGAUAAUUUGGUUACCACCAUACGAAAUCAGACGCACAUACUGGAGAAUACUUUGAAGAAUCGCAUUCGGCCACAACUCGUUGAGUUGGCUGAUAUUUUUGACCAACCUGUCGCCAACCAGACCGCACUCUCCAUACUCUUCGUUUCACUAAAUAUUGUGCAGGGCAAUGUGACGCUAGCCACUAACGCGGCUGGUGAUAUACGUCGACCGUUGUUGGGUAUUUCUAUGACACAGUUUUUGUCGCGUGGCGAUCAGUGGGAACUUAUACGUUGGCCGGGCACUGUGGCCACUCUAGCGCUACUAUUGGUACUUUGUGCCGUUCUAUUGGUGGGCGUGGCGCGUCAUUCACGUUGUGCACUCAUAUUAUUCAGCGUUUGCGGCCUACUUGCGGUCACCGGAUCUUGGUUAAUGUCUGGUCUCUACCUUUCAUCAUCCGUUGCUGUGGGUGAUCUCUGCAUUAAUCCCGCUGAUUUCCUAGUCUCCACUUCGCCACGUGAUCUUCCAACUAAUGUUCUACUUCAUUACACUCAAUGUGAACCCGGUCACACUAAUCCAUUCACACAGCGUUUGCGUGAGUCGCAAAAUUCGCUCAACAAUGCACGCAGCGCCAUGGCUACGGUAAUGAAAAUAUCAUUGGUGCUCUUCAAGUCGUCGGGUUUACAGCCGAAAUUGGGCGCGGUCAAUGCAGAUUUGAAUAGCAGUGAGCGUUUGCUAACUCAACUCACAGCUUUGGUGGACUGUAAGGCUGUGCAUCAUAACUUCUUGGCCGCCGCCAGAGGACUCUGCGAAGGUGGACUGCUCGGUUUGGUAUUGAUGUUGAUUGCGAGCUUUAUUGCCGCGAUCCUUUUGACGAUUAUGGUUUGGGUUGACUCGCACACAUGGAUCUAUAUACGAAAGCGUAAUGACUAUGCACAGGUCGAUGAGCCGUCGUAUAUUUCACAUCCGGCACCACAGAAUCAUCAACAAAUGAUGAAUGCGGCACGUACAUUGCCGCGCAACCACAACGGGCACUUCAGUCCGCCGGUGAUCAGUGGCUCGCACACCUUGCAACAUCCGUCUAAGCGACAGCAGCACGAGAUGAUGGCGCACGCGCACAUGCAGCAGAACAUGAGGGCUAUGGGCACGCAUACGUUGGGUCGUUUGCCGUCGCACAAUCAUAGCCCUACCCACUUGACUGGUCCCAAUAACGUAGCCUGUAGCGAUCCAGCACGAAGUCAACCGGCACUCCAGCAGCAACAACAAGCGGCACAGCAACAACUCGCCCAGCAGCAAGCUCAACAAUUGGCCGGCCAACCGAUCUAUUGUCACCAUCCGCAUCCACAUUCGCAUGCCGCUGUCGCCGCUGCGGUCCAACACCAACAUGCCAUCUAUCAUCAACAGCAACAACAGGCAGCUCAACAAUAUGGCACCUAUGCCACAGCAGCUCAUCCAGCACAUCACAUGACAGCGGCUCAACAAGGUCAAAUAUAUCAACAGAUACCGGCACACAUUGCCGCAUUGCAGCCAAAUGGCAAUCCGCAUUCGAUCUAUCAGCCUUUGGUGGCUGUUAGUCAGGGCUCAAUUUAUGUCUCGAAUAUGGCAACGAUGCGUCGUCAGAAUUCACAGGGCCAAGGUCAUCCACAAAUACCAGCUCAUCAUGUACCGCCGCAUCAGCAACAGCAGCCACCACCACCAAACCAACAGCAGCAACAGUCACACAAUCAAAUGAAGUCGCCACAGGAUGGUUUGCAUCAUCGCGAUAUACCUGCCACAUCGGGUAUGGAUACGGCAAUCUACGACCGUGAUAAACAGAUCUACAAAUGUUCGACACUGCGUCAAGGUGGCAAAUUUGAUCCCAAGUAUAAGCCUUCGAUCUUGAAUUGCCCAUUACCUGAGAUUCCAAAAGACGCAGAUCCACCUAGGGUUGAGUCAAUUUAUCAACAACAACAGAGUUACUCGAAGACGCUGCAACGGCCACCCAUGAAGCUGCCACCACAGAUGAAAGCCAUACCACCGCCACGAAUUGGCACACCCACCUCGCCGCCGCCACCGAACGUGAAUGCGCACACUGACCACCCACAACAUGCGGCCGCACAACAGCAACAACAACAACAACAGCAAAUGCAAAAUGGUGCAGCGACAGCAGUGGAUAAUCGACAGGCGAACGACGAUUCAUCAUUACCCCUGCCACCGCCACCACUAGAGGCCACAACGGAUGUGGGUAAUGUCGGCGUGAGUAGUGGUGUUGGUGUUGGUGUUGGUGGUGGUGGCGUUGGCAUCGCUUCACCACCCAAGCCUGGUCAUGGAUUGAAUAAUAACAACAAUAACAACAACAUAAACUCGAAAAGUAACAACAGCAACAGUCAACAAAACAACACCAACAACGGCAGCAGCAAUGGCAGUAGCAACAAUAGCAGCCACGUUGGUGGCAACAAUGCCGGCAGCAACAAUAGUAACGGCGCCAAUACAUUGCCCCUACACAAUGGCAGUUCGGCGAAUAAUAUGGAUGAUGAUGACGACUUGCCGCCACCACCACCGCCCGCCAUCACCGACGACUCCAACUAUGCCGUGACGGAACUGUAAGAGGCAACGACCCAAAAACGUAUGAGCGUACAAAAACAAGAAAAAAGUGAAAAACAAAACACGUAAAAAAACAAUUUCUUUGAAAUAGUUUAAGUGAGACUUUUGACUUCAAGACUAAUUUGUCGUAUGUGGGGGACGUCGGAAAGCAAUAAGUAUGGUACUCGUAAUCUUGCGCGCGGGCAGCGGUGCGGUGUGACGCUUACAGGCACACACAUACACACUGCCGUUGUGUUGUGUCGUUGUUUCAUAGUUGGUGUAGUUGUAGAUUUUAAGAUUCCAGUUAAUGUUGUUGUUACGAAUCUGGGUAAUAUAAAGGAUAAUGCUUAGACCUAAAUACAUACAUAUAUACAUUGAAAUAUAUACAUACAUAAAUAACAAAAGAUGAGUAAUACUUAAUUCGAGUAGAUAAGCACGCAUACAUUUAUACUAUAGUAAGCAUAUACACAUGCACACAUAUAUACAUACAUGUAUAUGUGUGUGUGUCAUAGUACAUAGUAAGCAAAUAAGUAAAUAAAUAAAAAAAAUAUGUAACUGAAUAGUUGAAAGGAAUUAAUGAGAUUUAAUGGUGCAUUUAAAUUUAAAUUUAUUACAAGUAUACAAGGACGCGACGAAAAGUAGACAAUUGCCGCCGAAGAGCAAUUCGUGAAACUUAGCGAAAAAAUCGAAACAAACGUGUUAGGGUUCAGCAAUGCUACAGGCUAACUGAAAAUGGUUUGAAAUUAUUUGUGAAUAAGUAAGAAUUGCUAAAAGAAUUAUAUGUAAGUAAACGGAAGAAACGGUGGAGAGUAUCUCAAUAUGAGGUUAGCGGAUAUAAAAGCAAAACGAUAUUUUUAAAAUAAAUUAUUAAAAAUGUAAUUUAAAUAUAAUACUAUUUUUUAGUUUAUACUUUUUAAACAUUAUUUCUAUUAAUAUAUUAUUUAUUUUUAGCUUUUCAAUUAAAGUUUAUUUAAUAUUAAAUUCUUUUCCAGCAAGUAUUUUAACACAAGAAAUGUAUAAAAACGACAACGCGUAUGUAAAAAGUAAAGAUAGAAUUUUAUGAAAAAUAUUUGUAGCAUAGCACGGUUUUUAAUAGAAUCUAUGUACAUAUAACUAUUGUACUUAUAUAAUAUACUUACAUAUAUAUUAUACAUAUAAGGCUAGUACUAAGUAAGUACAAUAUUAUAUAGUGUGUAUCAGCAGGCAUAACCAGUAAAACCCUUAUUGUUUGUUUUUGAAAAGUAUAUUUUUCGAAUACUUCAAUAUAGAUCAUCUACAGAGCAUGCAAUUAUCAAUAAAUAAAAGCUAAUUAAUUCGGCAAUACUUUUCGAUCUUCUUCGUGCAAUUCACUCGGUUAUUGGAAAAGGCAUUAGCUGUCGGCCAACCAAACCUCUGUCGAAGGUCAACUUCACUGUCAACUUAUAUAAUUUUUAUGAGAAAAAUUUCAAAUUUGUCAAAUGUGAAUUACCUAAAUGAUCUUGGUUUUAAAUCAAGCAUCUCCUGCUGAAACACCACUUAUAAUCCGAAAUUAAAUAAUCUAAGAAUAUGAUUUUGGGGCAAGCACACAUUGAUUAUGAUCCUUUGAUACUUAAAGUCAAGUCUUCCUGAGCAAUUUUUUAAUUACUGCUAAUAUAUUUGAACAAUUUCUUAAGUUCUUUAGGCCAGCUCAUAAGUAUAAUACAUAUUUCCAUUCCAGUAGGCCAAAAAACAAAUAAGAAUGCUUUUUCAGAACAUUUAGGUUGAGAAAAAUAUAUAUAACAAAUUUAAAAUGUUAAACUUAAUUGGAUGUUCGGUACCGUUUUAUACUUAAGGGGUUAUACCCACUUGCAGGUCAGAAAAAACGCACAGAAUUUGGUGUACUUUAAUAAUCGGUAAUACAUUUUGAAAAAAUUUAAAUCGAUUUGACUCCUUCGCGAUCUCCAGUAGGACCUCCGAAAAACGUUGUUUCGUUGUGAGGAAGAUUUUUCUGCUUAAAAUACUCAAACCAAAAAAAAAAAAAAAUUAUUAUUACGAUAUGUAUAUUAAUACAGCUAAUUAUAAAAGGUCCAGUCAAAAUUUUGAUUUUUGCAAAAUGGCAACUUCCCAAAAAAAGUCGAUUUUUGUGAACAAAUUUAGACUUCAAAUUAUUAUCAAAAAUCUUAUUCUUUCUAUUAUUAGCUAACAAAAAUAAUUUAAAAAGUCGAUCUUUUAGCCAUUUCGGAGAAAUUUUCCAAACCGACUCUGAAAACUGCGUCUCGAGAAAAACGCAUUUAAAGUAAAGCCGAUCAACUUCAAAUUUUCGGAGAAUAUUUUCAAAUAUAUGUAUGUAUGUACAUUCGAAAGCAAAAAACAAAUGAUUUUUUUAAAUUCACAAGUGAAUAUACUCCCUUAAAUGAAACUCUUAAUUUAGCGCCUGAUGCUAUUUGUUAGACUUAGGGCUGAUUCUUUUGAACUUCUCAAUUUUUGGAAAAAAAAUUUAUAUAAAAAGGAGGCAAAAGGCGAUAUCGUGACCUCUUUAGGUUAUUUUAAGUCUAUUUUCUUCUUUUACUGUUCCGACAGUUUAGUAAAAAAAUACCUCGAUUCUUUAUAACCAUAAUUAAAUAAAUUAUUUAGUAUAGAGGGUCACACCAUCGGAUGCGUCGCAUUAUUGAAUAUUAAUUAUCAAAUUGAUCAAAAUGAUAACAAAAAAAAAUAUUUUAAUAAUUAAUCUGACUACCCCUAACACCUUAAACCUCCCAUAUUGAAAUUCUAUGGUUUCUUGAGCAGACCAUUUCAACCACUAGUAAGCUCAAAGAAGCUUCGCUCGAGAAACCUUGACAAUAUAAAAAACGGCUUGAAAUUUUUUUAAUAUAACUAUUUUGUUUAGCCAAUAUGUAACAACAUAUUUAUGAGAUUUCAACUUUAUUAUAAAAAAAAUUUUAGAUUUUGCGUAGCAACUUAAGUCAUGGAAGAAAGGUGUUUUACAUUUAAAAUUCUGUUCCUCAAGUUUUAAUUAUAUAUUACUAUUCAAUUUGUAUUUUAACAGAUCAAGUGUUUUACCCCAAUUGUAUAGCCUUUAAAAUCUGUAAAUAUUAAAAAAUGCAUGCAUUGGAUACUCUUGAUUUUUCUGUAAAAAGACCCACUUGGAAUUAGAAUGAUAACAAAAUAAUAAAAAAAGCACAAAGUAAACAGAAACCAAAUAUAUACUUAUAUAUUACAUAGAAAACGGUUAACUUACGCCAAUAUUAUGUAAAAAAACUGAGUGUAUGUAGUAGUUUUAACGGGUCUUCCAAUUGUAACAGAGAUCCAAUGCAUUUAAAGGUAGAGAAAACGAGAAAAUAUAUAUACAUAAAUAUAUUCAAUAAUAAAAAAUAAUGCAACGUUCGAAAUGUCUUCAAAAUUGUAGGCAACUAUAUAGAAAAUAAUAUAACAACAAGCAAGCAUAAGAAAAAACUAAAAAAAUUGUGCAACGUUUGGCGGAAAUUUGGAAAAAUGCGACUUGGUAUGUUUAGAUCAUCCUGGACCAAUUAUGUAUCUACUAAUUGCAAUAAACUGAUUAUGUAACUGAAACACAACACUGCUAAAGACGUUAACGAAUGACUUUUGUAUAUAUAUAUAUAUAUACAUAUACAUACUAUAUGUAUACAGCAAACAAUUUACCGAUAUUUAUAGUUAUACAAAUAUUAUGAUAGCGCAUGCUUACAUAACUAAUAUAAUUAAAUUUAAAUAAAAUAUACUACUACAUAAUUAAUUAACGAAAAUUUGAAGAAAAAAUAAUUUUAUUAACGAAUUCUUUUGAUAAAAGCCUCACACACAGAUUUACCAUAUAUAUACACACACACUAACAAAUAGAUAAACCAAUAAGCUUACACAUACUCACACAUAUUAUAUUGUAUGUGUUUUUGUAUAAAAUUUUUACAUACUUACAUAAUAUAUACAAACAUACAAAGUAAUAAAUAUACUACAGCAAUACAAAAUACAUUUAAUAUACCAUAUAUUUACAUUUGACAAAUUCCCUUUUCUAAACGAGUAUCAAAAGAAUACAUACUCGCUUAAAAUUUCGCCGAGAAUUUCGAGAAAAGAAAUAUUGGCAACUCGGAAAUUGUAAAUUUCUCUCAGAAUUUCAAAAAAAAAAACAAAAAACUUUUAACAACUCAGAAGUUAACAAUUUUAGAAGAUAGACAGAGAGAGAGAGAGAGAGGCUACGGUGUCGUUACUUUAAAUGCAUUUUCUAUUUUAGCGAGUAUUCUAUUGCUUACAGGAGAAGUUGGCCAUUGUAUAACCAUAUAAAUAUACCAAUAUCGGCAGUAUAUAUUUAUUUCUACAAACAUUAACAGUUUUACUAAUAACGAAUUUUUGAGUCGUUUUUUUAUUCAAUUUUUGAAAUACAAUAUACAUAAGUACGUUUUGAAGGCCAAACAUAUUGACGAAAUUUUGUAGUUGAUAUUUUUUUAGAAACUUUAUAAAACGAACACAUUGUGGAACCUAAUGAGGCAUAUAUUCAAACGAGGCAUUUUUCAUAUUGCACACGAGUCUAUAACUUGUCGUAGCUUUUUAAAAGACAGAUUAUGAAGCGAAAGAAACUCUUUAAAUAUGGCUUAGUUAUUCCCAUUUUUUGAGAUAUCGACUUGAAAUUUUGCCAAAAAGCUAAUCAUUAAACGGAAACGCCAAUAUCAGAAUACUAUAGCAUAUAGCUGCCAUACAAAAUUUUUUAUUUGAAGAGAUAUCUUUUCGAAAUUUGGCAUAGAUUAUUGUCCAAGACAGCGGUAUAAUCUCCGAACAAAUUGUUAAGAUCGACUCACUAUAGCAUAUAGCUACCCUACAAACUGACCGAUCGAUAUCAAAAUAAAGGUUUUUUAUACCCUUUUAUGCUUUAAGAACUGCACCUGGGAAGGCUAUUAUAGCUUCGGUGCAGACGAAGUUAAUGUUCUGUUUUGUUUUCAUAAUAAUAUCAUAACUUUUUAAUUUUCUUUUAACUCUUCUAUUUUCAAUCUGUGAAUUUUAAAUGACUACUUCUUCCUCCAAUAAUUGACGCAAUUAUUGCGUUGUCUGAAAGGCCAGUCGAUUUUUGGCUUAUAGGCUAUUAAAUAAUAAUACUCAUCAUAUUUUAACACUUGACAUUAUUAUUAAUAUUAUCCACAAAAACAUAAGUAUGUUUAAACUUGCUCAUUCAAUUACAUUAGAGUGUGUAUUUCGCAAGCAACGAUUGAAAUAAAAUUUUUCAUUUUGGUACUUUUCAUAUAUUGCUCAAAUAUUGACACAUAUUACAACCAAGGCAAUGAAACCAUAGCAAUCAUGAAUAUUUAGUAUACACAAACAAAAUAGGCUGAUCCAUUUCAACUUUUGAAGCGCCAAGAAUUUUUUAGAAGCAAAAAGUAAUGAAAAAACAAACAAAAAAAUUAAUCAUUAAAUAAAUAUUAAUAAUAAAUAGAGACAAAAAACAUUAAUUUUAAACAAAAAAAAAAACAUCGCUAAAAUAUGGCAACACUAAAAUUGUAGCAUUUGCCGCACAUCCAUACUUUUCAUUCCAACAUUUAAGCGAGACCACACUUUUAGGCGUGUCUGUCACAUAAAGAUUGAUUAAUCCAAUGGCUAACAAUAAAAUGUACAAAAUAUUUUGUAUAAAAAA